GGGCGGGCUGCCGCGCGGGUCGGGCCCUGCCCUCCGGCCCGCCCUAGGCUGCCAGGGCCUUCGGGCCACGCGCCUGGCCCUAGGGCUGCGGGUCUGGCCGCCGUGUGGGGACCUUAAAACGUCUCGUGGUCUUUCGAAGCGCUCUGACAGCUCUGAAGGGCUUUGUAUUCCAAACUAAAUCAAAGCGCUUUGUAGUCCCGGAAGCGCUUUAGCGUCUCCGAAGUAGCGCCGUGCAAACUGAAGCGCUUGGUGAUCUCGGAAGCACGUUGUGGGCUUGGAAACCAAACCGAAGCCUUUAGUAAAUUUCGGAUCGUUUUGACUUCUCCGAAGCGCUUUGGAAUUGCAAACUGAGUCGAAGCGCUUUGGCAUCUCUGAAACCUUGAGAACUGUGAUGGGCAGUGGAAAGAAGAGGGAAAGGUGCCCAUGGCGUCGGAGCGGCGCAAGGUCAAGUACCACUGGAGCAGCACGUCGGAAGGGUGUCCCAGCAAGCGCAGCUGCCUCCGGGAGCCCAGUGAUGUGGCCCCCUCCAGCCGGCCAGCUCACAGCUCUGUGUCGCGUUCAGGAAGGGCCAGCAGCCCCAAGCGCCUGAAAGCCCAGAGGGAGGACGAUGUGGCUUGCUUGCCGCGGUUAUCCUGGGGCUCAUCCCGAGGCAGAAAUUCCUCCUCCCCUUCUUCCGGCCCAGGUGUGGGCGGGGCCGCAUCCAAAGGCUGCCUGAUUCGGAGCACUCGCGGGUUCCUUUCGUCAGGGGGAUCCCCUCGACGCCCUGCCGACCCUUCUCUAGAAGAAAUGGCUUCCCUAGAGGAGGAAGCCUGCAGCCUUAAGGUUGAUUCCAAAGAUAGUUGCCGUAACUCCAUGAACUCUGAAUGUGCAGCUGAGGCUGAGGGUCAGAAUGAUACAACUGAGGAACCAAACAAGGUUCAGAAAAGGAAGAGGGAUAGACUUCGAGACCAAGGCUCCACAAUGAUCUACCUGAAGGCUAUUCAGGGCAUCCUGGGGAAAUCAAUGCCAAAAAGGAAGGGCGAGGCUGCCAUUAGGGCAAAACCAAGUACAGGAGAGCAUCCCAGCCGUGGAGGAGGACCAGCCAGGAGUGAAGGACCAACCAGGAGUGGAGAAGGACCACCCAGGAAUGUCAAGGCCACAAGUCCUCAGAAAGAGAAAGAGUCAGUCCCAGAGGUGGAAGUGGAGGAGGAAAAGCCCGUGCUAGAGAGGAGCAACUUCUGCGACAGGAGAGUGGUUAUAGACCCUCAGGAGAAACCUGGUGAGGAGCCACUUGGUGACCGAAGGACAGUCAUUGACAAACACUCGCCACCCCUAGAGUUUUUGGAUGACUCUGACUCUCAUUUAGAAAUCCAAAAGCACAAAGAUAGGGAGGUGGUGAUAGAGCGCCUCUCUUCAGGAAGUGACUGGUCUGACGUGGAUGAGGUCUCCACAGUCAGAUUCUCUCAGGAGGAGCCUGUCUCACUGAAACUCCCAGCAGCUCCAGAGCCGCCACCUUUCACCACGGACUAUGUCAUGUACCCGCCUCACUUGUACAGUAGUCCUUGGUGUGACUACGCCAGCUAUUGGACCAGCAACCCCAAGCCUUCAGCCUACCCCUCCAUGGGCAGCAGCAGCAGCACAGCCCCGGCUGGGAGGAGCAGCCAGAGUCUCCUGAGUGAUUAUUCCCCCAACUCUACAGUGAGCUCCCACAACACCUCCAGAGACUUGGAGGCCACAGAGGAAGGCAGAUCCCAGAACUCCAGGUCAUUUAGUUUCUCCAGAGGCUCAGAAGAAGAAGAGUUGAAGGAGAAAAGAACAUUCCAAGAGGAGACGCCACUGCGUCCUUGUGGAGGGCACACAUCUAGCUCCCUUCCUCGGAGCCACCGGGAGCCAAGCCUGGAGGAGGGCUUCAUUGAUACCCAUUGUCACUUGGACAUGCUCUAUUCCAAGUUGUCUUUCAAAGGGACUUUUACCAAGUUCAGAAAAAUUUAUAGCAGCUCCUUCCCUAAGGAAUUUCAGGGCUGCAUCUCUGACUUCUGUGAUCCUCGGACGCUGACGGAUUGCCUGUGGGAAGAGCUGUUGAAAGAAGAUCUGGUUUGGGGGGCCUUUGGCUGUCACCCUCAUUUUGCACGUUACUACAACGAAAGUCAAGAAAGAAAUCUUCUGCAAGCCUUAAGGCACCCCAAGGCUGUGGCAUUUGGGGAAAUGGGCUUGGAUUACUCUUACAAGUGUACCACGCCUGUCCCAGAACAGCACAAGGUAUUUGAGAGACAACUACAGCUGGCUGUGUCUCUAAAGAAGCCCUUGGUGAUCCACUGCCGAGAAGCUGAUGAAGAUCUGCUAGACAUCAUGAAAAAAUUUGUGCCCUCUGACUACAAGAUCCAUAGGUUAGAAGACUGGAACUUCAGCAGGCAUUGCUUCACCGGCAGCUAUCCGGUCAUUGAGCCCCUGUUGAAGUACUUUCCCAACAUGUCUGUGGGCUUCACGGCGGUCCUGACAUACUCCUCUGCCUGGGAGGCCCGGGAAGCUCUGAAACAGAUCCCGCUGGACAGAAUCAUUGUGGAAACUGAUGCUCCCUACUUCCUUCCUCGCCAGGUUCCCAAAAGCCUUUGCCAGUAUGCCCACCCAGGCCUGGCCUUGCAUACAGUUCGAGAGAUUGCCAGGGUCAAAGACCAGCCGCUCUCCCGCACCUUGGCCACCUUGCGUGAGAAUACCAGUCGCCUCUACAAUCUUUAGACAGAAAGGACACAAUCAGGAGUCUCCUGGAAAAGGGUGACCAGCGGCCUGACAUAACACAGGCUGGGUUUGCACUCUGCCUGUGCCCCAGGUCAAGGAUAUGUUUGGCGAGCCCGUGGAACAGAGAAAACCAGGACAGGAUGUUUCCUCGAAACCUCGUCAUAAGGCUUCAGCUUCUGGCUGGUGGAUGGGGUGGGUGGAGUGGAUGUGGGAUGAGGGUGUCACUGCCCCAAAUAGCAUCAGGGUUUUGCCACCCAGCCAAAAUACUCCAGGGUAGGCAGUGAAGAAGAAGAGUUUGCCAGUCCAAGUCUUGUUCUCUGCAGCCUGUAUUUUUGAGUAGUCUGUGAAUAAAGUCGCCCUCCUCCUCAGCUAAGCACAUGUGGGUGUGUAACUCAGUUCCUGGUUCUCAGUUCUAAAAAUGAACUCCCGAGUGGGAAAUCUCUUGGGAAAUUCACCGGACACCUGUCUCAGACAGAGGUUUAUUUUCUUGCAACCAGUGAAAGUGAAGUCAUUCUCCUCCUUUCCUGGGUAACUCUUCAAUUUGGCUGUCACUGUUCCGGUGUCAACUCCAGCAUCAGCACAGGCGGAAGGACUUCGGCUACUGGUCUCAUUGGUCCUGCUGCCAUCAGUGUGGAGGUGUGCAGAGGGGCACUCGUCCAUGGAAGUCCUGGCUGAUGGAGAUCCAGGACAGCCGGGGGGACUCGGGGAAGAGGACCCUGAAGGAGGUACUCCCUGCUUACUUAUGCCCCCAGGACGCUUUUUGGGUGUGUUAAAUGGAUAAAGGCUCAGUUUACAGCAGAAGCUACCUGCUAGUGUGGUGUCAGGGGUCCCAGCCUCCCUUUUUGCCCUCUUUUCUCGAACACUUGACCAAAAAUAAUCCUUUUGUUUCACUCCAUGUCUCAGCCCAUGUGUGUCCCACCCAGGUUGAGAGGUCAUCAGUUUCAAUCUCCAAAUCUCUGCUUGGGCAGCUCAGCCAUGGUAUAUCGCCUGUGCAGAACAAGCAGGCCUGGUGUCUAUAAAUAUGUCAGUCCAGUCCCUCUCUUCCCUCUCCCAGGUGUCUCCCUUGCCUUUCCUCUUCUGUGUCCUGUCUUUCUCUGUGUUUUACAAGUGAGAGACUCUCCUUUGACUUUUGAGCAACUAUGUCAUCCCACGUUCUAAGCUCUGCUCUGCUCCGCUCCCUGCAGGUGCCUUGUAAAGGUAUACCCAUUACAGGCCCUAGAGAUUAUAAUGGCUGAGGGUUAAGUGUGAGGAGACUCUACACUUUGUUUAUAAAGGAUCCUUCACCCUCAUCUCCUGCAGUGAGACAAAUAGGCCACCUGGAGUCCCUUGUCUGUUUCUUGGAGACUUAAAUUGUAAAAUCCAUCACUUAUGGUGGAUUCCUCUAGGUAUUUUUGGAAGCACAUUUGAGCCUUCUAAGCUAAAAUAGAAUGGAUUUAAUGUUUCAUAUCUGGUAUUUCCAUCUUGCCCUGGUACACAAGUAACUGGCCUGGGAAAUAGGCCUUGGUUCACUGUCCAUCUUCCAUGGAUCAGCUGUGCUGUUGUGUUGCCUGUGCCUCAAAUUUGCCCAUGUGGGGAAUCAGGGGGACCUUGGUCUCCUACUUGGAAGAUUUGGGGGGCUGCUAAGUAUAUCAAAGUGCUUUAUUGUCACCCACAUGAACUGCACCGUAGCCAUCUCCUCUACAGCGAGCCCUUUAAGUCAAUACAGCCUCCACGUGAAACCAACUAGCCCUGCAUUAGAGGAUGAAAGACUAGAUGGAGGUCUCCGAGCCUAUGCAGUCCACCUGCCAAGGAAAAGCACAAGGUGCUAUCUACUUUUCUCUCUAGGAUAUAGGAUUAUCAUUUAUGUGCUGUUACCCAGUGAAACCUUACCUGUGUGGGCGUGAAAGCUGGUUGGCAUUGUUUUUGAUUCAGUUUUUUUGGAUGGCUGACUUGAUUGUUUUUGCUGUGCUGCUGGAAUGCCUCUGUAUAAUUUUCCCCUGUUUGGCCAUCUUUUUCUGUAAAUAAAGUGAUGAAUUCUCUAGCCAA